AUGCAGCCAGAAAAUACGGAAACUGCACCGACAAACGGCACAGACUCUUCUCAAGUCAAGACUACCAACAUGUCUAUCAACGAGAAACCCAACGGCUAUGCCAACGGCAACCACCAAAGCACCAAAACACCUACUACUGCCCAAGACCGUCUCAAUGAUUCCAUCAAGCGGGGCAUAGACCUCCAAGUCAUGCGCUACCCCGAGACCGGUAUCAGCGUCCUCAUCGCCGGUGCUGGUCUAGGUGGCAUUACCUGCGCUCUUGAAUGCUGGCGCAAAGGACAUACCGUUCGUGUCCUGGACCGUAGUGCAGGCCCCGUCUGGACAGGCGACAAUGUCCAGAUCCAACCCAGCGCUAUCCUCCUUCUUAGGCAUUGGCCUGAAAUGGGCUAUGAGAUUGAGGAGAACCAGUAUGAUGUUGCCAUGUCCUACUACAGGCAGACCGGCGAGCGUAUCUGGGGUCCUGCACCGCCUAUGUUCAAUGAUCCUGAGAAUCUUGAAGGCAGACGUGGCUUUCCGUCUGUGAAUGCCCACAGCCGUAUCAAGUUGUACCGCGCAUUCCUACGACAGGCGGAGCGCGUGGGUAUCCAGGUUGAAUGGGGAUGCAAGAUCGUUGAGUUCUGGGAAGACCUCGAACAGGGCAUCGGUGGCCUUACUCUCGAGAAUGGCGAGAAGCGCACUGCCGAUAUUGUCGUCGCUGCUGAUGGACUGCGUACCAAAUCUAACACUAUCGUGCCUGGUAUGCCGAAGCAUCUCACCACCAGUGGGAAGGCUAUCUAUCGUGCAGGAUAUCCGGUUGAGCAUGCCUUGAAGGAUCCUCAAGUACGUGAGAUGUGGAACUUCAAACCUGGCGACCAGCCCAUCUGGCAAUUCUGGCUUGGCAAUGGCUCUCACAGCAUGGUAGCGCUGACCCACGACAUCGCUUUUUGGAGCUUCAUCCAUUCUCACGAUGAAUCAGCCAGCGAAUCCUGGGUUCCAGACGUCGACCCAGCCGAAGUCAUCUCCGCCAUGGAAAAGAACAACGCCGUCCAUCCCGCAGUAGCAGCCUUCAUUAAAACAGCCCCCAAAGGCUCCGUCGUGAACUGGCAGCUCAAGUUCAGAGAUCCCCACGAGCAGUGGACGUCUCCCGGCGGCCGCGUCGUCCAACUCGGCGACGCCGCCCACGCCUUUCUGCCCACCUCUGGUAACGGCGCUACGCAGGCAAUCGAAGACGGAGUCACUCUGGCAACCUGUCUGCAACUCGCCGGCAAAGCCCAAACUGCGAAUGCUACCCGCGCGUACAACAAACUGCGCUUCCAGAGGGUGUCGUGCGGCCAGAAGAUGGGGUUUGUGAACCAGCAGCUCAAGCAGAAUACUGACUGGGACGCAAUUGCUAAGAACCCAGCGCUUAUUCGGUCUCGCUAUCCCAAGUGGGUUUGGUCGCAUGAUCCUGAGGCUUAUGCGUACGAGAAGUUCUGCGAGGCUCUUCACCAUGUCACCAGUAAUGGGGAGGUUCCGCUGCAUAAUACUAACUUUCCCAAGGGGCAUAAGUAUAGGCAUUGGACGAUGAAGGAGGUUCAAGAGCAGAUCAAGGCUGGGCAGAAGCUGGAGGAUCUGCAGGAUGGAGAUUGGGCUUGA